GCGUAUUUAAGAAAGUCACAUUCACGUCGAACCGGCACAGAGACCGCGGCUCUCCACUACUGACCGUCGCGUUCUCACCUCCGGAUUCCACUAUUCCUCCGAGAACUUUGAGUGUUGGCCCGCCUUGCUUGAUAUACUCUUUAUAUUAGAAACGUGAUCCUUCGCCCUUAUAGCACUGCUGCGGACUUGAGCAUCCUCUCGGAAUCCCCGUUCCGCUGUUCUUGGAUGUGGCAACCCUAGGUACCGCUCGUUGGCACUUCGCUCGUUUCCGGCUGCAAAAGAAAAUGAUCUUGAUGGAUACCCUCCACGAUAAUGGCAUGUUCGCCAUCCAGUCUCUUCAGACCAGGUUCCAGCACCAGCAUGGUCUGUUCUUCGCCGUCUCCAACUUCGGAGAUCCCCGGUACGCGUUCCUCAUCUUUGCACCGCUCAUCUACUGUCUAGAUUGGACGGUGGGACGCCGGCUGAUGUGGGUCACCAUCAUCGCCGAGUGGUCCAACCAGGUGCUUAAAUGGAUGUUGCACGGCGAGCGUCCUUACUGGUGGGUGCACGAAACGGAAAUGUACAACCGCACUGGCACCGGUACACCCGCCAUCCGCCAGUACUCGUUAACGUGCGAGACCGGACCAGGAUCGCCCUCCGGCCACGCCAUGGUGUCGGCGGCCAUCUGGUACAUCAUCCUGGACUUUGCGCUGCGUCGCACAGGCAUCGCCCAGCAGAUGGGCAAGGCGUGGGCUUCGUCCUUCCACUGGUGCACCUACGCGGCGCUCCUGUGCAUCGUCAGCCUGUCGCGGGUCUACAUCGCGGCCCACUUUCCCCACCAGUGCCUGAUGGGCAUGAUCAUCGGCUGCUUCCUGGCCAAGUUCAUGUGCAAGAUCGACACCGACCACGUGACUCGCUGCCAGUACGUCCUGAUCAGCGUGGGCCUGUGCGCCAGCGCGUUGUCUACGUACGGCGUUCUUCGUCUCAUGGGCGUCGACCCUCUGUGGUCCGUUGACCGGGCUGUCAAAUGGUGCGUCAAGCAGGAGUACAUCCACGUCGACACGACUCCAUUCUUCAGCAUGAUGCGCUACUGCGCCUUCCCCCUCGGCAUGGGUCUCGUCAUGACUUCCGGCUUCUACCAGCGCGUCGUCAAGGCGACCCACUUCACCUGGUCCAUGAGAGUGCUGGCAGCCAUCUUGGCCGUGGGCGCCGGCAAGGCUUCCGAGUGGGUCUCGCUGCCCAAGACCAACGUGCCCGUCUUCUACGCCUCGGCGUUCCUCUUCAACGCGCUUCUGGCGGCCACCAUGUUCGGCUUUGUGCCCUACGUUGUGGCCUCUUUAGCGGGAAGCCCUCGUAAGCAUUCGGGAAAGGCGAAGUCAUCGUAGGCAGAGUAGUCUGAGGACGACGCUGCUUGUCGUCCUCGGUGUCCCCCUUUUCCUUGAACAAAUUUCUGUCCCUUAUUUUCCCUAGUUCCCUUAGGCAUUUUUAACAAAUUGUUGCCAAAUCGUCUCUGUACCUGAAACCGUGAGACCACAGUUUCGGCAUAGUGACGAUGCACCGUCUGUGUGCAGGGUCUUUCGCACUGGUCUUAAGCAAUGCGCUUCGUUAAAAAUGUGGAAUUUUAGAACAGGAAGUAUGUUAUGAUUACACAGUAUUUCAGCUGCAGUAUGAUGUUAUUGCUUCCUCGUAAAUUUCGUUUCACGGUACCUAAUUGACUUAACGUUAUCCCCACUUUCCGGAAUAUGCGAAAGCCCUAGCCGCAGAAAAGUUCCUCGUGCUUUCAUCGGCACUGUAUCACUCCUCAUCCACCAUGCACUGCGUCUCUCCCAUCGAACACAUUGUCGUGAUCAUCAUUCCCAACACCAUCAUAAUCCAUCGUCAUUAGUUUUUGCAUUUUACAUCAAACUUCAGACCAAUUGAGACAGAGUGAAGCGUUGCAGUAUUACAUGAUCGGCGCAGGUCAACCGAGGCUUACAGAGGAAUACAAAAGCAAAUAUCCUACAAUGCGAAUUUACAUAUUUACCUGAUUUAAGUAUUUUUAACACUAUUAGCUGUUUUCAAGUAUUAGUUACUCUCAAGUAGAUGUUACAGGAAAAUAGCACAUUUAUGUUUCUUGCAGACGAGAGUUCAAACUUUCUUGGUCAGGCUUGUGUUUUGCCAAUUUCUCUAAGAGCAUUUACACCGCUAAAUCGGUAGUAAAAGCGUCACUCUGUAAACAUUCUCACCCUAUAAUUUGAACGCUUUAUCAUCACUCCUCACGCGACACUUCAUUGUAAUAUAUCCUCACUGUAAAUAAUUGUACAGAUCUGAACUGUUCGGUUGUGUCUUGCGUUGGACGUUUGGAACUUGUGCGUCAAGUCUGGUUAGAUGUUCAUGUCUGUCACGAUGGUGAAUAACGUGUGUUCAAACGUUAGGCUGUUUACAGUGGUUUAACUUUGAGCAUGUUUAAUAAAGACCGUUUUGCAC